CGAGGGUGCGUUUACACAUAUCGGAAUUUUAAAGUGGAUCAGAUUUUGUUAAAAGUUCGACUAAUUUGAAAGAACUUAGAAAAUAUUUUUAAAAUACACAACUUUAAGAGAUUAAUAAUUAUUUGUUCUUAAAAGGCCAAGAGAAAUGUGUAACUUGAGGAAAGCAUCUUCCGCUUUGCAUAAACUUUUUGUUUAUGGAGGUCUGAAGUAUGGUCAACCUAGCCAUUCGAUUUUGGCCAAUGAUGGUAACGGAUUUGCCAAGUUUUGGUGUCGUGCCACUACCACCGAAAAAUUACCUCUGGUUAUAGCUACUCGUUACAAUAUUCCCUUCCUACUUAACAAACCUGGUCUCGGAUAUUAUGUAACAGGAGAAAUUUAUGAAGUUGACGACAAAAUGCUUAAAAGUUUGGACAACUUGGAAGAUUGUGAAGAUAUUUAUUCCAGAGAAAUGCGUGAUAUGAAUAUUGGUGUUGGAGAAGGAACCAUUCCAUGCUGGGUUUAUUUGUUGCAAAAAUAUCCCGAAAAACUUUUGAGCCUACCUUUCCUAUCCAGUUAUGAAAACAGUCCAGCCCAUCCCUAUGUUAUGCGUAACAAACGUCAUCAUAAACAUCCUCCCAAUGAGGAUCUUUCAUACACUGCCACUAAUGCCUAAAUUUGUAUGGCCUCUUGUGAUGUGAUCAACAAAUAUUCUAUAUAAUAACUCGUGUACUAUUAUUAUUUUUAGUAUGUAUAUUAGGAUUGGACCUCAAAAUAUCAUAUCACCAUCUUAUGGGGUUAGAGUGGUUUUCGAAAAAGCGUUAUUUUUAAAAACCGGGUUUUUCUAUCAAAAACCGGUUCGAAUAACCGGUCUUUUGCCUUUUUUUUGUCCAUUUAUGAACUGAGGUAUAAAUUUAGCUUAAAUAAUUUUUUUUGUAUUAAAACUAAUUAAAAAAUCGUUCAGUUUUUUAAAAAUUAAUUUAACAUAACUCUAAAUUUAUUCAAUAUUUUUGAUAUACAAAUUACACAGAAUUUGAAAUCAAAAGAAAGGAUAUAUAUUAAUAUAAUAUUAAUACAUAAUUUUAUAUAAUAAUAAUAAUAAUAGUUAGUAGUAUUUUUUAAAAUAAUAAUCCAAGAAGAGAAUACAAUUUAAAUGAUUUAAGGACAUA